AUGGGUAAAUGGACAAAUAUAAUCUGUGACGAUACAGAAGAAUCAUCGGAUUCUGAACUCUCUGCAGUUUUUGGAGAAAUUGGAUACGAAGCUCGGAAUCAUACCACAAGUAGUGACGAAUUACCUGACAUCGAUUUACGGCAAUUUUCUUGGAGCGCGCAGAAUUUGGUUCCAAAAGUUUUUGAUUUUGAUGAAAAUCUAUCAGGAAUUAAAGCAAAUAUUAACGAUAAAUCGUCAAUAUUAGAAGUUUUUCAACUUUUGUUUUCCGAAAAUUUACUCGAACAUAUUGUGAGAGAAACCAAUAAUUAUUAUACCACGCAAACUACAUGCAGUAGUAACUCGCGAUUAUUGUCUUGGAAAAAUACAACAGUGACCGAAAUGUAUCGAUUUUUUGCUCUGUUGAUGUUGAUGUCAAGAAUAAAAAAAUUAUCAAUAGACGAAUACUGGUCAACCGACGAAUUAAUACGCACGGAAAGUAUUCCACGAAUAAUGAAAAAAGACAGAUAUGUAGCUCUAUUACAAAUGUUGCACUUUCAUGACAACACUGAGACACCAAAUCAAGAUCCGCUGAUAAAAAUAUGGAGCAUUAUCGAUAGACUGCGUAAUUCUUUUUCACGAGCAUUUUAUCCACAUAAGCAUUUAUGCAUCGACGAAAGCUUGCUUCUUUUCAAAGGACGAUGUCACUUCAAGCAAUAUAUACCUUCAAAACGAAGUAGAUUUGGAAUCAAGUCGUAUGUUAUCUGCGAUUGUUAUACAGGGUAUAUCGAAGAUUUUGUAGUCUAUUGUGGAGAACGCACGGAGAUGAAUAACAAUCAUUUAGCAGAGAUCGGCAAAUCUGGGAAUAUUGUCAUGACGCUGAUGGAACCAUAUCUAAAUAAAGGUCAUGUUUUGAUUACUGAUAAUUGGUACUCAAGCCCAGCAUUAUUUUCGCUCCUAUAUCAUAAUAAAACAAAUGCAUUUGGAACAGUGAGGAAAACCAGACGUGGAAUGCCUAAUAUGUCUAACAAAUUAUGCAAAGGCGAAAUUGUGUUUCAGUCUACGGAUAAAUUGUUAGCACUAAAAUGGAUGGACAAAAGAGAAGUGUUAAUGUUAUCAAGUUACCAUUCUGCUGAGUAUAUAGAAACAAAAAAGAUUGAUAUUAAAACAGGAAGACCAAUAUUAAAACCAACUAUCAUAGUAGACUAUAAUCGCGAUAUGGGAGCAGUUGACAAAACAGACAUGAUUUUAAAUUCAAUUAAUACUAUUCGAAAAACUUUGAAGUGGUAUAAGAAAUUUUUUUUUCACAUGCUGGAUCUUUCCAUUUAUAAUGCUUACGUACUGUAUAAAAUUACAUCCAAAAAGAACAUAACAUUUGCAAAAUUUCAUUUAUGUCUAAUUCGAGAAAUUCUGCUAAAAUAUCCAAAUGACAAUGUAUGCAGCAAUAAGUCUGGAGGUCGAACUGCAUCCAAAGAUAAUCUUUUACGACUGGUUUCAGGACAUUUUCUAUCAAAAUAUACUAAUCCAACAGGAAUCCGGCAAAACGGUAGGCGAAAAUGUGUGGUUUGCAGUAAACACAAUAAGCGAACCGAAACACGAUAUGAAUGCAAAGAGUGUAACGUUGGAUUAUGUAUUGAACCCUGCUUUAAAUUAUAUCAUACACAGAAAUAU